AUAAGUUUCAUGCAACCUCACUUUCAACUGGGAUAAGACAAUCUGCACAAUGUUACUCAAGGUAGCAGUAGCACUCCUGUUUGUCGGGGCUAUUACAGCUUUCGAUCUCGGUCAUUCAGAAGAACUCGCAAAACGAAAAGUUGGCGGUCCUAACUAUGUCUGUUAUCAACAUCCAUUGGACAUCGUUUUCAUCCUUGAUGCUUCAUCCAGUAUCUGGGCCCAGAACUUCACCAAAGCCAUAGCUUUCGUAAAUAGCUUCAUUAGUCCAUAUGAAAUUGGUCCAAACAAGGUACGAGUUGCCAUUGAAACCUAUGCCGAUAGAGUAUACACUGAAGAUGUCAUUCAAUUCAGAGAUUUCGUCACCAGUGAAACUCUCCAUGACAAAAUUGCUGGUUUGGUGUGGCAUCAUGGAUCCAGAACCGAAACUGGUAUGGGUAUUGCCUAUAUGACAGACCACAUAAUGCCAAAAGCUAGAUCAGGUCUUCCAAAGAUCUGUAUUGUUAUCACCGACGGCAAAUCUCAGGAAUCCGAAAAGACAGCUUCUGAAGCCAAACGAGCACGCGAUGCAGGAAUUGAUAUGUUCGCUAUUGGUGUAAGCAGGGCCGUUAAUGAAUCAGAAUUACAAAGUAUUGCUGGUGAUCCUGACCGAGUUAUCAUCGUAGAAACAUACUCCGAAUUGGAAGCUAUCAAAGAUAAAUUGUCUGGAAAGACUUGCAAAAAAAUACCAACUCCACCACCUACACAAGCUGCUGAGGAAUGUGGAAUUGAUCACCCUACCGAUAUCUACUACGUAUUCGACCCUGCUUAUCUUGGUAUGGAACGAGUUAACUGGGUCACCCAGUUCAUUACUUACACCAUUGAUGUCCGGGAAUUCGCCCACAUGAGAGUUGGUGUCAUCAGUGGAUCAUGCCCGUUGGAUGCUGGAUUCAACCUCAAACAAUAUCGAAGCUUUGAUGAGGUUGAAAAAAGACUUAGAACAUAUAAUAAACCCAAGCUCACCACACUUAUGAGGUCUCUCCCCUCUGCCUAUUCACGCAGAGAAGGUGGACGUCCUAAUGCUAGUAAAGUUGCAGUUAUCUUCCUCGGUGGUAAAAUCGACCAAAGGCAAGUUGAUCAAGCAGCCAAGGCCGCUAAACGAGCUAAAAUUCGAAUUUUCUUCGCUGAUGCUGGAAAUGCUGACUCACUUGAUGCACUUGAUGGAUUCAACUUGGCCCAAGCUGGAAGAGGUGCCAGGCUACAAGCCGAUGCUUUCGUCCAAGAAUUAUGCAGAGACUACUAAUCGCCCAUGUGAUAAAAUAUCAGGAUGUACCGUUGUCGAUACUCACGUGUUGUUAUUAAUUAUGGUUGUUGUAUAUAUAUAUAUAUAUAUAUAUAUAUAUAUAUAUAAAUAUGUAUACAAAUAAAUAAAUAUCUCAGUUAGCAAUUUAAA